UUCGAAGCGUAUAUUUUACAGUCUUAUACUUAUAAUAGAAUUAUUUUUCUCAAUCUGUGUUUAUAUUCAAGAGAAGAGACACUUAAUGGAAAUAAGUGCAAAUAUAAUAAUGUGCAAUUUAACAAUAUAAUAAAAGAGUGAAUCUUAAAUCUUAAAAGUUAAUAUUAAAUUUAAAUAUAUAAAAAAAAAAUUUCUUUGAAAGCACAACUUAAUACAAUUAUGGAGCGUGUCGAUAAUAAGAACAUGAAAGAGCUGAAAAGCAUCCUAUCAAAGAUGUCACUCAAUGUGUGCUGUGUUUUGGCAUUGCCUGAAUUUGGAGUUAAAUGGACAGAUGUGAUCCGAGGGGUGCGUAAUUCAAGGCUGAGAAUGGAGCCGGCAAGUGUGGCUAAGGUCCUGUGUAAUUAUGCUCACAGAGCUUUUCUUCCGGAGGAUUUAGCUGACUUGAUUGCAAGUCUGAGACUAAAAUUGGUCACAACCCAACCUAGGACAUGGCAUGUAAUUAAAUUAGUCAACAAAAAUGAUGAUGAACCAACUUUACUAUCUCCAAAUUUAUCCUUUUUUUUAAAACAAGCAUUAAAAACUACAAAAAUUUGCAAAAAUCGCCGACCUCAGAUACAAACAUUUAAAAUGAACAGUCUUUUAUAUAUAAGUGUUCAAAUGCAAGGCCCAAGUCCAGUUUACAUGGCUGUACCUUUACAAGGAGAUGUUGCUUUGGUUAGUGCCUUACGGUCUGGUGUAAUUGGAGCACUUGUUAAAGGACUAGGCUACGAAAUAUAUGAAGAUGUGUCUCUUAGCGGCCAAGACAUCGACUCCCUUCUUCGAAUAUACAACACAGGCAACACCAAUCGGGCUGAACAUCUAUCUGGGUUGCCAGAAUACAAUCCAGCACCAAUAAUAACUAAGUCGGGCAUAGAUUAUACAGGCAAAGCAUAUGAUGAACAUUAUGUGCAACAAAUUAUUGGACCAGACCCACCUAUCGUGAGGAUGUUGAAAAUAAAAACGGAAAAGGAAUACUUUGAUUGUAACAUAUUAAACAAGAAAAUAAAAAUGGAAAUGAACUUGAAGUCGGAAGACGUAGCAAAAUCCCUUAUGCAUUGGGCCAAGUUGGGUGCGAUUCCUCCGACGUCUGAAUUAUUCCAUAUAUUUCAUAAAACUAAAUCAAACAAUUUCGUUUACCAGGGAGAUAUGAAUGAUUAGUUUAUUUUUAAAUAAAAAAAAAACAAUUUUG